AUGUGGACAAUGAACAACGGCAUUAAUUUUAAUGAGUUAUUUUCUGAAUUCCCGGAAGAGAUGAGAGGCGAGAUAUCUAUGCAUCUUUACAAAGAGAUACUAUCAUUGCCUUUGUUUGAGGGUGUAAACCAGGGUUGUUUGAAAGCCAUCUCGUUACAGAUUCGUCGUUCUUUCUGCGUUCCGGGUGAAUAUCUCAUUCAUCGAGGAGACGCAACUUUCUUCUUUCAAUGCUUCUUUCUUUCAUUUUUCUUUUUUUCUCUCUUUAUCUCCUUAUUUUGCCCUCAUUUCUUUUCACCUUUCUUUCUUUCUCUCUUUUAUCUCUCCUCUUUACUCUCUUUUUUAUUUUUCUUCCUUUCUCUCUUCGCUUUCUUCAUUUUAUUUUUUCUUUCUCUUUCUUUUAUUUCUCCUUGCCUUUUCUUUCUUUCUUUUUUUUCCUUUCUCUAUUUUCUUUUUCUUUCUAUCUUUAUUUCUUUCUCACUUUCUUUCUUCUAUUUUCUUUCUCUCUUUUUUCUUUCUUUUUCCCUCUCCUUUCUUUCUUACUUUCUUUCUUCUAUUUUCUUUCUCUCUUUUUCUUUCUUUUCCCUCCUUUCUUUCUCCUUUCUUUCUUCUAUUUUCUUUCUCUCUUUUUUCUUUCUUUUUCCCUCUCCUUUCUUUCUUACUUUCUUCCUUCUAUUUUCUUUCUCUCUUUUUUCUUUCUUUUUCCCUCUCCUUUCUUUCUUACUUUCUUUUUCUAUUUUCUUUUUCUUUUUUUCUUUCUUUUCUCUUUUUCUUUCUUACUUUCUUUCCUAUUUUCUUUCUCUUUUUCUUUCUUUUCCCUCUUUCUUUCUUACUUUCUUUCUUCUAUUUUCUUUCUCUCUUUUUUCUUUCUUUUUCCCUCUCCUUUCUUUCUUACUUUCUUUCUUCUAUUUUCUUUCUCUCUUUUUUCUUUCUUUUUCCCUCUCCUUUCUUUCUCACUUUCUUUCUUCUAUUUUCUUUCUCUCUUUUUUCUUUCUUUUUCCCUCUCCUUUCUUUCUUGCUUUCUUAUUUAUCUUCUUGUUCUUUUUAAGGAGCCGGGUGCCAGAGAUGCAGCGAAUUUAG